AGUCUACUCCACGACAGUCCUCACUGCAGCGCUACCACUUAUACCAUUUUUGUUGGCAAGGUAUAUUAGUGGUAUAUGCUCAGCGUCGAUUUAGCCAAAUGUCGUCGGUAGAAACGUAACGUCCCCGGUGCAAACAAUAUUAUUAUUACUACUACUACUACAUCUAUGGGCGGCGGUGUACAAGCGACGUUUGGAACAAGCUGUUGACGACCUGACACCACCGGUAACCAGACGCUAACCUAAAGACUCACCAGCCACUAAUGCACUAUCAAAGCGACGUACCUGUAUGCGCAUUCGCAUUCGCCGUUCAUCAUUCAGCGUUUUUCCGUCAUUUUGGAGACAUCGUUCUUUGUGCAGCUGCGCUAACACUCAGGUUUUUAUUACAAAUCGUCCAUUUUUUUUUCUACUGUCUCAUUGUCACUGGUUCGCUAACCAUUUAAGUCAUUCUGCGUUUCGAAAGAUUUACGUUUCACUCAAAUUUUUUAUUCAACAACGAACGAGCGAAGAACCGACGGCCGGCUCAAUACACGACGUAAAUACCGUUUGCGGGAUAGUGAAAAGCCGUCGUCGACGACGUUUCAUUCGUUUGCUGACAUUUCUUGUGACUUCCUCCAAUCAUCCACUCAACAUUCACCUAGAAUACUACGCGACCACUACCGGUAUAUCAGGCUGGAUUAAGUGAUCAACGUCUCAAUUAACUUUAAAACAUAAAUUCCUUAAAAUUUAAAUACUUAUCUGGCCAUAAACAUUUCUAAUUAUAAAUUUGAAAUGAAUAAAAAAGAAGGUAUUAUGAAUGGUGAGUUCUCAUCAAAUAAUUCAAAUAUUAAUCUUAAUAGUUUAAGUGAAGAAAACUCAUGUGUGACAAUUGACUUAACAGAAGAUCAUGAGCCAAUAGUUGAUAACAGCCCUGAAAACUAUAUUCAAGAGAUAAAUGUUGAAGAAGUGUAUAUCGACGAAUUAAUUGUUGAAAAAAUAAAUUUAAGAAAAUAUACAAAAAAACAAAGGGCCAAAAACCCAGAAGAUUUUUUUAUAAAUAGCCUUGGAGGUUUUAAAUAUAUAUUAAAAAAAACUUCUGAUCUCAGGAACAAUAUUUCAUCAUAUAGUAAAAUGAAAAACUUUAAUAGCCUUGAUACAAUGCUGCUAAAAAAUAAAUUAAAUCCCUCUACAUGUGCAGAUGAAUCUACUUCCCUUGAAUACCAUGAAGAUGAGCCACUUUAUGAGAUAAGUUGUGUUGAUGAAUCAGAUACCAAUAAAGAAGUUGAAUCUAACACAGUGGUAAUUUUUUCAAAGAGGAUUCAUGAGGAGGAAAGUAGUUUUUAUGGUGAAACAUCAAGAAACAUCAAACGUCAGAGAAACUUAAAUAGAGUAGAAGAAGAAAGUAACUCUAUUUCAUCAUUUAAUGAAACUGAUACAGAUGAUGUACUUUAUUCAAUCAUAAAUAUUGAAAAUGAAGUCUUAAAUCACGAAGAAGAAUAUAAUAUGGAUAGAUUUGUUGACUAUAAUUAUACAUCUGAAACUGAAAGAGCAGCUAAUGAUAAACAUGUUUUAAUGCAGGUUGAUAAUUUUAUAAAUGAUAGUCAAGAUACAGAUGAAAUAGAUAAUUGUAUAAAUGAUGGUCAAAAUAUGAAUGAAAAAGAUAAAAAUGUUAUGAAUAAUGUUAAAGGCAUAGACAAAAACCUUCCUAUAUUUUCAGUUGACGACGACGAUGAUGAUGAGUAUGCAGAAAUCAACAAACCUAAGCAAAGUAAAAUAUUUGAAGCUUAUCAUUUAAAUGUAAUACAUUAUAUUGAAUCGGAUCGUCAAGAUAUAAUAUUUCCAGGCUACAGUAAAGAGAUUUUCACAGAAUUAUUCAAUUUUAUUACUAACAAAACAAUAACUGAUAAAUUACAUUCUGAUCGAUGUUGUUCUUGUACAAUGGGAGAUUUAAUAAAUGUAUUUUUUCCAAAAUUAUGGAUUAAUGAUAUGUUAAUUGAACAUUAUUUUAGACUUUUGGUCAAAAAUUGUAAAGAUGAAUUAAUAGUGAGCUUAGAUUCAUUAUUUAUUAUUAUUUUUAAAGCGAAAGGGUUUGAAGUAGCUACCAAUUCAAUAAAAGGCCCAAUAAAAAAUGUACUUGAUUGUGAUAAGGUUAUAAUUCCCACACACGUGCAGGGUAAUCACUGGGCCUUCACUUUAGUGGAAAUUAAGAAACUUAAAAUAACUUAUUACGAUAGCAUAAAAUCAAGUACUUAUCAAAAUGAAAUGACUUCAUUAGUUACUUAUUUGAAUGAGGCAUACGAUAAACAUAAGAAGCCGGGAGAUAAAGAAAGUGUUUCAUGGUCAUUAUUCUAUGGGGACUGCCCGUCGCAGACUAAUGAUUAUGAUUGUGGAGUAUUUGCAUGUACAAAUGCCAGACAUGCUGUAUUAGGAAAAAAAGUAAAAUACACUCAGGAAGAUGCUCCACUCUUGAGACACAGAAUCACAUAUGAGAUUAUACAUGAUGUAUUGUUACCUACUGUGAGUACUCCAGAUACUGAGGAUACUCCAGAUAUUAAGGUUACUCUAUAUACUGUAAAUACUCCAAAUACUGUGUAUACUUCAGAUACUGCGGAUACUCCAGAUACUAAGGAUACUCCAGAUACUGUGGAUACUUUAGAUACUGCGGAUUCUCUAGAUACUGUGGAUACUCCAUAAUUCUUUUUUACAGAAUUUUCAUCAAAAUUCUUACAAUAAUAAUUAAUUAAGUUAAGUUUGUAUUGUUUAUAAAAAUGUAAUAUAUUGUGUUAUAUUAAUUAUAAUGUUCACUUGAAUUGUACCCAAUAAGACAAAUACAAGUCAGAGUAAUAGUCUUUUUUUACUUGUGUAAAUAUAUCCGUAUAGCUUUCAACCAAUAUCAAUCUUACUUCCAAUAGUUUAUUGUCAUAUAAUAAUAUAUAUACAUUGUGACAUUGACUAUAUUUAAAUUUAAAUUUUAACAGUCGGUAGAAGAUGACCAGUUCCAUUUUGUUUUUGUAAUAUAAAUUUGAUAGUUCUUAGUCUUAAGAUAACCAUCGACAUAAAUUCUGAGACUGAAUAAUAUUUUUAACACACUAAUGCAAGUGCCUCUUGAGCUUUUUAGUCUGAAGACACUUAUCAUCAUUAUCUAGUCGAACGAUUAUAUUUAAUAUCGAUCGAUUGAAUUGUUUUAUUUUUCAUUUUUGUUAAAUAUAUUUUGUAUCAUUCCGUAACAUUUAGCUUAUACUAUCUGUCUAUUAUUAAUGUUAUGUAUUGUAUGACUACAGUUAUUUUGCAUAUUAUAUGAACAAGUUUGUUCCAUUUUAAUGUCUCAAAUUUUUUAUAGUAGUCUUCUAUGCUGCUAACUACAUAAUUAUAAUUUUAUUUUUUAUUUAUCAUACUUAUUUGUUGACCAUUUUUUUUUUUUUGUUUGUACUGACUUCAUGAAUAUCUUAGAUAACUCAUGUAAUUUAUUUUAUUAUAUUUUAUGAAAUUUUUUAGU